AUGUCUGAGCCUGAAAAGGCAGUGUCGAAUGCAGCUCUUGCUGACGAGGUCGAGGCUCUGAACUCGAUCUACGGUCCCAACACGCUCGUCGUCCGUGGCGACUCCUCCUCCUCCGCCUCUACCACCUCGACACUCGACACCACCACCGCGGUCCUCCAACUCCCGGAUCUACCAUUCUCGUUCCUCGUUUCAUUCCCGACCGACUACCCCGCCAAUGCGCCUCCCACGAUCGUGGGCACGCAGUCAACCGGCGGCAGCGGACGAGGCGAGGGGGAAGCGGCGGUGACGAUUCUCCGCGACGUUCUCGGAAGAGUGUGGGUGCCGGACCAAGUGUGCCUGUUUGAUCUUCUGGAAGAAGCCGGGCCGCUGCUCCAACAAGAACAACACCACAACCACAAUAAUCAUCAUCAUCAUCAUCAUCAUGGCGCGGCUGAAGAUCACACCGCAGAUGUUGCGAAAAGGUCUGCUGCUGCCUCUGCCUCUGCCGCUCCUCCUCCUCCUCCGCCCACGGCCGUGUCCGCGACGGCCGCUGGACGUGAUCAUUACCACUCUUACGAACGUGACGACCUGACUCGAGACACAGCAGCAGCAGCAGCAGCCUCGUCGGGCGUGCCCGCGCCCGCGUGGGUCGUGUCGGAGCCGUUGACCGUCAACAGGUCGACGUUCGUGGCGCGGGCGUGCCGCGCGACCGCGCUCUCGGCCGCCACGGACUCGAUCUCGCACCUGCUCGCGACGAACAAGAAGGUCGCGGGCGCCACGCACAACAUCACGGCGUGGAGGAUCCGGGGCGCCAGGAACGCCCAGACCGGCGCCGCCACCGCGGUCCAGGACUGCGACGACGACGGCGAGACCGCCGCGGGCGGCCGGCUGCUCCACCUCAUGCAGCUGAUGGACGUGUGGGACGUCGUGGUCGUCGUGACGCGGUGGUACGGCGGCGUCAAACUCGGCCCCGACAGGUUCCGCCUGAUCAACUCGGUCGCCCGCGAGGUGCUCGUCAAGGGAGGCUUCGACGCCAAAGGCGAGACGGAGUCCGACAGGCACCCCGGUAAGGCAGGCAAGGGGAAAGGCAAGAAGUAG